GUUUGUUUACAUGUUUUAUGUAUGGGGCAUCAAUUUCUGGGUGGAAGUAUUGUAGACCACUGAUUGUUGUUGAUGGAACAUUUCUAAAAAAUAAAUAUAGAGGUGUUCUAUUAGUGGCUUUUACCAAAGAUGCAAAUAACCAGAUUUUUCCUAUAGCUUUUGGAGUAGUGGAUAAAGAGAAUAAUGAAUCAUAUGAAUGGUAUUUCAGGGAAUUAAGAAAAGCAAUUGGGAUUCGUAAUGAUUUAAUGUUCUUGUCAGAUCGACAAAAGGCUAUUGCAAAUGGAAUUGCAAAGGUUUUCCCUGAGUGCUACCAUGGAAUUUGCAUCUAUCAUUUAGAAAAGAAUCUGAAGCAAAGAAGAGUGAGAAACACUGUGAUAAAUCUCUUUCAAAGUGCUGCAAGAGUAUACCUUCAAUCAGAAUUUGAUGACUUCAUGUCCCAAAUAGCUGCUGUUGAUAAGAAAACUUUCAAUUAUUUGAUGGAGGAACCGCCAGGAAGGUGGGCUCGUUCACAUUGUCCCAGAAGAAGAUAUGAUAUGUUAACAACAAAUAUUGUUGAGUCAAUGAAUAAUGUUUUAAGACGUUCAAGAGAAUUGCCAAUUUUAACAAUGAUGGAUUUCAUACAAGAAAAAUUGCAAAGCUGGUUCUAUGAAAGAAGGACACUUGCAGAAGGAAUAUUCCGUGAUAUAUCAAAUUGGGCAGAAGCAACAUUGGAAGCAAAAAUUCAACCAGCUUUUACAUUUAGAGUAUUGCCCAUUGAUAGACUCAAAUUCAAUGUCAAAGAAGGUGGUAUGGAAUUUAUUGUUGAUCUAGACAAAAGAACAUGUGAUUGUUCUGAAUUUCAGCUAGAUGAGAUGCCAUGUGAACAUGCAAUUGCUGCAAUUGAGAGUAUACAUCAAAAGAAAUCGGCCUUUUGCUCAGCCUAUUUUUCAAGGGACUUUUGGUUGAAAACGUAUGAAGGGCAAGUAAAUUCUGUAGGUGAUGCAACAACAUGGGUUAUACCAGACACUAUUAAAUCAGAAAUCACUAAGCCUCCAGAUGCCAAAGUACUGCUAGGAAGAAGACAGAAGAAUCGACAUGUUUCCG